GGUACCAAUGGCUUCACCAGCAACGAAAUUCUUGACCGAUCGGGUUGCUCUCGUCACUGCUUCUACUAAGGGAAUCGGGUUUGCCAUCGCCAAACAACUUGGCGCUGCCGGCGCCUCUGUCGUCGUCUGCAGUCGGAAGAAGGAGAAUGUCGAUGAAGCCGUCGCCGCACUUCGCCUCGAAAACAUUGACGCUCACGGCACAACAGCACACGUCGGCAACAAGUCGGACCGCACAAAACUGAUCGACUUCACACUUGACAGAUUCACGAAACUCGACAUCCUCGUGUCGAACGCUGCCGUCAACCCGCACUACGGUGAUCUGAUGAAAGUCACCGACUCACAAUGGGAUAAGCUUCUCGAUUUGAACGUAAAAUCCGCAUUCGAACUUACAAAAGAGGCUGUGCCGCACUUGGAGGCUUCUGGUCGGGGCAAUGUCGUCUUUGUGUCGUCUGUCGCCGGAUACUCACCGAUGAACGAGAUUGGAGCGUAUUCGGUGAUGAAGACGACGCUCACGGGAUUGAGCAAAUCGUUGGCUUUGAAUUUGGCCAGGCGGAAUAUUCGAGUCAAUAGUAUUGCUCCGGGAAUCAUUCAAACCGACUUCUCGCAAGUCCUCUUCUCCGACGAAUCCGAAAAGCAGAAGUGGCUCUCACAAAUUGCACAACGCCGAUUCGGUGAUCCGGAUGAGUGUGCCGAGGCGGUGGCGUUCCUGGUUUCCGACGAGGCUAGCUACAUAUCUGGAGAGACGAUCGGUAUCAACGGAGGCAUGCACGCGCGGAUUUAGAGAUCUCCGGCGGUGGAAAAUAGUGCCGAUAAACGUUUUUUUUUAAUUUUUCUUGAUGAAGAAUCUCAUUUUUCCCCUCCACUCCCUCCCCGACACACUAAAUUAUGAUUCAUUUCAAUUUUUUUGAUAUCCCGUCCCCCUCACGUUGUCAGGCUGUCCCAUUACGGUUUGAUCUACAAAAAAUGCGGGGGAUUUUUUUAUCGAAAAGUUGACAACUCUGCAUCUCUUCUCCCGCAUUUUUUCGUAAAUCUACGUAGAUCAAACCAGAAUGAGCCACUCUGAUGACACCACGUCCCCCUCAUCAUCAUCAUCAUGUGCCAAACCUGUGAGUUUUGCGUUGUCGUCCACCUCUUUGCAAUUUAGGGUUCUUUUAUUCAUAUUUCCUCUUUUUUUUUUGUUCGAACACAAAUGACUGGUAUUCUGUCAUGCUUUUUUCCUCGAAUUUUCCAUGUAUUAGCCACGUUUCAUUUCUCCCUCUCAUUUCUAAUCAAUUUAGAGUUUCUGAAUGAAAUUCUCAAAAAAAUAC